AUGUCGCGCUCCAACGAUCCAGGUCACUACUUCCAAACGACCUCCUCUCUCGAGGAGACAGCUCGCAAGGCUGCCAAGUCCAAGAACACCAAGGGCAACCCCCUCAAGCUCCCCUCCAAGAUCCUCGCACUCACCGCGGACCCGCACGAUGGGAAUCACAUCUACGUUGCCGAAGCAGCCGGCAACGUGAAGCGCAUCAACAUUGAAACUAAUAAGGUCGCUGCCACCUUCACAGGGCCCGUUGCCCCUCUCACGUCCGUUGCCGUUUCCCCAAAAUCCGACACGCUGUUUGCGGGGUGCUGGGACAAGUCUAUCUGGUCAUGGACCCUCUCUACGCGCAAGCCCGCCAAGCGCUUCCAAGGCCACAGCGACUUCGUCAAGGCCGUCAUAGCAUUCACGCUACACGGCAAAGAGGUCAUGGUGUCGGCUUCACAAGAUGCCAGCAUCAUCGUUUGGGACGUCGCCACGGGCUCGAAGCUACAUACACUAAAGGGACACACACGAGGGAUUCUCGCUCUUGCGCUAGACCCGGCCGACUACGAGCCCAGCAAAGAGACUGCUACGAUCUUCAGCGCUGGAAGUGACCGAGAGAUCAGACGGUGGACCAUCGGGCUGACGUCAGCCUCUGAGGUUGAACCGUCGCCCAUCAUCGCUCACGAGACAAGCAUCGACGCCCUACACUUCGAUUCAGACGGCGAUCUAUGGACAGCUUCAGCAGACAAGACGGCCAAGUGUCUCUCCAGAGGCCGUGAGUGGGAAGAGGACUCGACAUUCGAGCACCCUGAUUUCGUCCGCGAUGUUGCCAUCGACGAGGAUGGCGGUUGGCUGGUCUCCGUAUGCAGAGACGAAGAGGUUCGCGUGUGGGACAAGAGCAGCGGCAAGCUGCAUCACACUUUCAGUGGGCAUUUUGAAGAGGUCACUGGCCUUCUUCUGCUAGGCCAACGCGUGAUUAGCGUGAGCAUUGACGCUACAGUCAGACAGUGGAGCCUCAAGCCUCAAGAGCUUGCCAAGGCCAUCCAAGAGGCCGAAGACGAGCGUCUCGGUAAGGAAGAGGACAAGGAACCCGAGCGCAAAGAGGGCAUGAUGACAGCGGAAGAAGAAGCGGAGCUCGCUGAACUUCUAGGAGAUAGCGAUUAG